UCAGCUUCAGUAUGGGUGCUCUCCGGUGGCUUUCGCUCGCGGCUGCAGCUUCGUCUGCAUUGGCAUUGACCCCCGAACAGUUGAUCAGUGCUCCCCGCAGAUCGGAGGCGAUCCCCAAUCCCUCUGGGAACAUCGCCGUGUUCUCCUCCUCCCAAUACUCCUUCGAUACGCACGAAUCGAGCUCCGCAUGGAAUCUGCUUGACCUCCGCUCAGGGAAGAUCACGCCUCUCACCAACGACAGCAAUGUCUCUGAGAUCGUCUGGCUGAACGACUCGACCCUGCUAUACAUCAAUGGCACAAAUGCCCAGAUUCCUGGCGGCUCCGAGCUCUGGGUCUCAGGGCUGUCCAAUUUUCCUUCAGGGUACAAGGCCGCCUCUCUGCCGGCGUCGUUCUCUGGCCUCAAGGCUGUCACUACCAAGUCUGGUGAUAUCAAGUUUGUCGCCUACGCCCAGUCUUACCGUAACGGUACCGCGUACAACGAGGAACUGGCUGAAACCUAUUUGUCGAGCGCGCGCAUCUAUGACAGCAUCUACGUGCGUCACUGGGAUACCUACCUCACCACCACCUUCAAUGCUGUGUUUUCCGGUACGCUGAAGAAGACCCAGCACGCGCGGUACGCUUCUGCUGGAAGUCUGAAGAACCUGGUAGCGCCCAUUCCCAACGCCGAGUCUCCCUACCCUCCCUUUGGAGGCUCGUCGGACUACGACAUCUCUGCGGACGGCAAAUGGGUUGCGUACAAGAGCAAGGCUCCUGAUGUUCCCCAGGCCAAUCACACUACUGCCUACAUUUAUCUCGUCCCUCAUGAUGGUUCCGAAACCCCGGUUCCCAUCAACGGGCCCGGUUCCGCGCCUGAGGGCAUCGAAGGCGACUCCAACAACCCCGUCUUUUCUCCCGACAGCAAGAGCCUCGCCUAUUUGCAGAUGAAGGAUCCGACCUACGAGUCUGACCGCCGCGUGAUCUACAUCUAUGAUCUCGCGUCCAAGAAGAUCACCCCGCUGGCCACUGAGUGGGACCGAUCUCCCGACUCGCUCAAGUGGACGGAUAAGAGCACCAUCGUUGCUGGCUCGGAAGACGAGGGUAGCGGCAACCUGUUCCUGAUCCCCGUCAAGAAGGCCACUGGCGACUUUAUUCCCGAGAAGCUCACCAACGGCAAGUAUGCAUCCGCUUUCUACCUCGCCUCUGGCAACACCCUUGUCGUGACCGGCUCCACUCUCUACUCCAGCUGGUACGUCGACCUCGUCAGCUUGAACCCCAAGCGCGGUACCAUCAAGAACUUGGUCUCUGCGCACGAGAUCGACCCCGAGCUUAGCGGUCUCGGCCCCGAGGAUAUCAGCGAUAUCUGGUUUGCUGGAAACUGGACCGAUAUCCACGCCUGGGUCAUCUACCCCGAAGGCUUCGACAAGAGCAAGACCUACCCAUUGGCUUUCCUUAUUCACGGCGGACCCCAGGGCGCAUGGUACAACUCCUGGAGCUCCCGCUGGAACCCCAAGGUCUUCGCCGACCAGGGCUACGUCGUUGUCGCGCCCAACCCAACCGGUAGUACCGGCUACGGCGAUGAACUAACCGACGCCAUCCAGAACAACUGGGGCGGUGCUCCCUAUGAAGACCUCGUCAAGGCCUGGGAAUAUGUCCGCGACAACCUCGACUACGUCGACACCGACCGCGGCGUCGCCGCCGGUGCCAGCUACGGCGGGUUCAUGGUGAACUGGAUCCAGGGCAGCGAUUUGGGCCGCGAAUUCAAGGCGCUCGUCACGCACGACGGUACAUUCGUUGCUGACGCCAAGAUCUCCACCGAAGAGCUCUGGUUCAUGGAGCGCGAGUUCAACGGGACGUUCUGGGAUGUGCGUGAUAACUACCGCCGCUUUGACCCCAGUGCGCCUGAGCGUAUCCUGCGAUUCGCCACCCCCCAUUUGAUUAUCCACAACGAUCUUGACUACCGUCUCCCCGUCGCGGAAGGACUGAGUCUGUUUAACGUUCUUCAAGAGCGUGGUGUUCCCAGCCGGUUCCUUAACUUCCCCGACGAGAACCACUGGGUAACGAGUCCUGAGAACAGCCUUGUGUGGCACCAGCAGGUGCUCGGGUGGUUGAACAAGUACUCUGGCAUUGCAGAGGAUAACGAGGAUGCGGUCACUUUGGAGGAUACUGUUGUUCCUGUGGUGAAUAUCAAUCCCCCUGCUUAA